GGGAGCUAUGUGUCUCCUUUUCGAAGGAGAGGGGAUGAGAGGGCUGCCUAAUGAUCGUUUCUGGAACACAGACUGAAAGCAGUAGAUGAGAAGAAAAGGAUGAACAACAAAAGACCAAGAGCUGAUCACAGAAGAAAGGGAUAUAGGAAAGAACCAUCUGCUGCUGUCAUACUCUCAUUAUAAGGGCUGUUUUUACAUGAAAAUGCUGCUUGAUUUGUUCUACAAUGUCCCAAGGAGUUGACUCGCACAGUUGAUCUCCUAUACCUGUGGAAAUAGCAAACUUCCCUUUUUCUGGAGCAUGUGGCUAACAAGCUCAUUAACCAGGUAACCUUUGAACCGUGAAACUGAGUCAAGAUGGCGAGCCUUGUCUGCAGCCAAAGUUCCUAUCCACUGCCGCACAGGCUGUCUGUCAGGACCAUUGAUGAAGAAAUAGAGAGAAUAGGAAACGGUACAAGCCGGAACCAUUCUUUAUGUGAAGACACUUCAUCAGAGCUCCAGAGUGUGAUUGCCUUGGACCCUAGGGGUCUGGCGGAGUCCGGCAGGAGCUCUUUCAUUGGAAGGGGAGGCAUGGCUAGGUUAUCGAGACUUCUAAUUACUCUGAGAAAUUGGGCCAUGAGGCACCUUACAAAGGAAGACCAACGCCCCGAUUCGUUUCUGGAACGUUUUCGGGGGCCUGAUCUCAAAGAAGUGUCCAGCAGAGAAAGCAACCUCCAGUCACUCCAGGGAAACCAAGAGAGGUUGGAAAGAGCAAAUAGUCACUGGGUUCUUGCCAGUUUCAAUGCCAACAACAGCAACAACACAGAAGACACAAAGAAUGACACGAAACCUGCAAAUGAAAGCAAAGACCAAAAGCAAGAAGAGAAGAAAGAAGAAAAGAAGGAUGACAAAAAGGAUGAUAAAAAGGAUGAUAAAAAAGAUGAUAAAAAAAAGGAAGAGGAAAAGAAGAAAGAAAUAUUUGUAAUUGACCCUUCAAGCAAUCUCUACUACAGAUGGCUAUCGAUUAUCUCUGUCCCAGUGUUUUAUAACUGGUGUUUUCUAGUAUGCAGAGCUUGUUUUGAUGAACUCCAACGGAACUCUGUUGUCUUGUGGCUGGUUCUGGAUUCCAUGGCAGAUGUUAUAUACAUCGCUGACACACUAGUAAGAUUCAGAACAGGUUUCCUUGAACAAGGAUUACUUGUCAAAGAUGCUAAGAAAUUAAAAGUGAAUUUCUCAAAGACCUUACAGUUUAAGCUUGACGUAUUGUCUUUACUGCCAACAGAUCUAGCUUAUCUUAAAUUAGGACUUAACUAUCCGGAGCUGAGAUUUAACCGGCUGCUUAGGUUUGGUAGGAUGUUUGAAUUUUUUGAUCGCACUGAGACAAGAACCAAUUAUCCAAAUAUUUUUCGCAUUGGGAAUCUCGUCUUGUACAUUCUAAUCAUUAUACACUGGAAUGCCUGCAUCUAUUUUGCAAUAUCUAAAGCUAUUGGCUUUGGAACAGAUACAUGGGUUUACCCAAAUAUAUCCCACCCGGAAUAUGGACGACUUGCAAGAAAAUACAUUUAUAGUCUUUACUGGUCAACUUUAACGCUUACCACUAUAGGGGAAACUCCACCACCAGUUAAGGAUAUUGAGUUUAUUUUUGUUGUAUUUGACUUUCUCAUUGGUGUGCUGAUCUUUGCAACCAUUGUAGGUAAUGUUGGGGCCAUGAUUUCAAAUAUGAAUGCAUCCAAGGCAGAGUUUCAGUCUAAGAUUGAUUCAAUAAAACAAUAUAUGCAGUUUCGAAAGGUAAGCAAGGAUCUGGAGGCAAGGGUCAUAAAAUGGUUUGACUACCUCUGGACAAACAAAAAAACCAUGGAUGAGAAGGAGGUAUUAAAGAGCUUGCCAGACAAAUUAAAGGCUGAAAUUGCAAUUAAUGUACAUUUAGACACUUUAAAAAAGGUUAGGAUCUUUCAAGACUGCGAGGCUGGAUUGCUUAUAGAACUGGUACUGAAACUAAGGCCCCAAGUCUUUAGCCCUGGUGACUACAUUUGCCGAAAAGGAGAUAUUGGAAGGGAAAUGUACAUCAUCAAAGAGGGGAAACUAGCUGUAGUAGCUGAUGAUGGCAUCACUCAGUUUGUGGUCCUCAGUGAUGGCAGUUAUUUUGGCGAAAUUAGCAUCUUAAACAUCAAAGGAAGCAAGUCAGGCAACCGGAGGACAGCCAACAUCAGAAGUAUUGGCUAUUCCGACCUGUUUUGUUUAUCAAAGGAUGAUUUGAUGGAGGCACUUACUGAAUAUCCUGAUGCUAAAACAGUCUUAGAAGAAAAAGGGCGACAGAUCCUCAUGAAAGAUGGUUUAAUAGAUGAAGAAGCAGCCAAAGCAGGUGCAGACCCGAAGGAUAUAGAGGAAAAGGUGGAGAAGAUGGGAAUUGUAAUGGAUAGCUUACAGACUCGAUUUGCCAGGCUAAUGGCCGAUUACAACUCAACUCAGUUAAAACUUAAACAAAGAAUAACAAGGUUAGAAAGUAGAAUAAAGAAAUCCAAUGGUGACACUGUAUCUGAAGGUGGAGACAGUGCUGCGGAAGAAGACCCUCAAAGGACACAAGAAAAGGAAAAUAAAUAACCACAUAUUUCUCUAUUUCAAGCACAGAUUCAAGUAGACACAAGACAUUGUAUUUGUUCUGACAAUCCUAACAAUCUUUGAUUAAAUAUGCUUUAUAUCUUAUUCAUAUAUUUUAUAUGCAAUAAAUUUGUAGAAUUUUUUAAUUGACUAGCCUAUAAAUCCAACAAGCAUAAAAUGACUUUAAAAAGGUUCUAGAUAAAGAACAUAGCUUGUAGAUUUAUGUUACUGUUAGAAAGAGCAGCUGAUGUUGAAUAUUAGCCCUAUACAGUAUUGCUGAACUAUACAUUAUACACUUGCUAUGCUCUUUAUAAAGCUGAUUUUUUUAAAACAACAUUUUAUAUGUUGGAAGGGGCUUGAAUAGCUUCAUAACACAAACUUUUUACAAUUUUAUUACAGUAUUUUAACUAUAUUAUCUGUUGCAGUAGUUAAACCUUGAAUAAUAAAAAUCCUACAUACUA